GGCGACGUGCGAGUGGUGUAUUUAAACAUGUUGUUGCCAGUAGGUAAGAGUUUCGACGACCAGUGUUAAUUUGUGCCUCAAAUGUAGAAUGUCAGAACAAAAACGUGUUCCUUUUCAAUCCCUGGGCACAACGAAAAAGGAGAAAAAGGGCGAGGAUUUCGUACAGUCGUACCGUUUUACGCUCACCUUACCAGAGUCGAACGAGCAGGCAUGUCCCGAGUUCAACUACUGCGAGCUCCUCAGAUCGGCGGAGAAAAAACGGAAAAAAGAAAAUACUAAAAAGGGCGAUGAGAACAACACUGUCAAUGGCCUGGACCCACACGAUGACGAUGACGAUGAGAAACUUCAGGAGAUGGCGAAGAGAUUUGAAGCUAAAUAUGGAAUCAACGAUUAUGUCGACCUUGGGGCAGGAUAUGACGAGUCAGAUUCAUUUAUUGAUAAUACAGAUGCGUAUGAUGAAAUUGUACCCAAAGAGGUGACGACGGUGAGAGGAGGUUUCUACAUAAAUUCUGGUCUCCUCGAGUUCAAAACUUCGGAGAGAAACUCACUAAUUGGUAAUAUUAAUAACAACAACAACAACAUCGAGGAUGAGAGUAGUGCAAGUAGCGAAGAAGAAACUGAGGAACCGAGCAGCCCUAAACAGUCCAAGAAACGUGUCAUAAGCAGCUCGGAAGAGGAUGAAAUUGAGGAUGCUGGUAGCGACCAUCAACCCAAGAAAGCCAAGCUUGAUGAUAAUGUAGAAAAAAAUUCUAGCAACGAUGUAAUAUUGAAGAAAAAAAAGAAACAAGAACAAUCGAUAUUAAAUAGGCAAAAAAAUCCAGUCGUCAGAGACCUACUUAAAGUUAAACGGGAAAUUCGUGACGGCGAGCUGGCAGACGAUCAAGAUGGGGGUGACAAAAAAAGAGUCAAUAAAAUUGAACCUAGUAAAACGAAAAGUAUAUCGGAAAAAAAAUUUGAUAUUAAAAGAUUUGAAAAAAAAGCAUCUAGCAAUGGGUUGGAUGUAAAAAAGCCUGAGAUGAAAAAAAUCGACGACACUAUAGAAAGUGUUGUUAAUGCAGCACGAGUCGAGGAUCAGUCAAGCUCCGAUACUAUGGAUUCCGGUAAAUCUAGAAGUAUUAUUUGCUCGAACUCCGACUGCGACGAAGCGAUGGACAAGGAAGAAUCUCCCCUGCCAGAUAUGCUCACUGAAGACAUGAAGGAAAUAAUAAACAGAUUGAAACUUCAUGCCGAGAACAGUAAAGAAGGGAAAACCAAAUUCUUCAAUAGUCUGAUUAAUGCUGAUCUUUUUAGCUUAGAAAGAAAGCUGCGUUUGAGGUACUCAGCUGGUGUAAGACUCCUAACUUAUGCACAUCUAGCCCAUUUUUUACCGUGCAGUAAACCCACCCUCGUUAAUCGAGCAAAAAAACUAUAUCUCCAAAACGUCGAAGACAAAGUAAAAGCUCCAAUUGAGAGGUUAAAAGCAGCUAUCGAUAGAAUAAUGCCAUCUGUGCUGGUCAAGUACACGAGGGACUGCCAGAGAGUUAGUGACGAAAACCCACAAUUGUACUGGGAGAUAUAUCGGUACUGUUGGGGCGUCGAAGGUUCUCCGUCAGAUGUUGAAAGCAGCGAUGAAGAAGACAGCGGUAAUAAGUCUUCAGAGAAAUCAAAAGUUCCUCAAAGAAGGUUUCCAUGGAGUGAUGAAACAAAAAGAUUAGUAGCCGAGAUUGCUGCCGCACGAAAAGAGUAUUUUGAAAUAUUAAGACCGAGGAAAGAAACCGUUGAAACUUUCGUCUCGUCGUUUAUGGAUGCCAGAGUACGAUCGCUCUGGCCUCCGGGGUGGGUUCGACUGCAAACCUUGCUCAAGUAUUCCAAUCCUCAACUACAGAUAAAGAGGAAAGCAAAAAAGCUUAAAGACGGUUCUGCGCAGCCCGGCACAAAUCCAGGACUUUCAACGUCUGUCUCAAUUGGUAUGACGUCGACCAUGAUGAAAGGAGAUCGUUUAACAGCAAACAACGAAGUGGCAGUGAUAAAUCAAGUGGAAAGAGACAACAAAACGCCGACGAAUUAUUUGAAAUCAGUCUCCAUGAAUUCAUUGGACAUCCAGAUGAACUGCUUAUCGUCUAAUCAAGGUACGAAAUUGAAUGACACCACAAACGUUGCCCAAAGUUCACAGCCGGAUAAAAAAUCGUGUUCGAAAUCGUCCAAGGAUGCAAAACGCGAAACCCCAGCAACAAGUCAAUACAGCUCGAGUUCUUGCACAACAACGAAUGUGGCGAACGUUGCGAAAAUAUCCGUAGUACCAACCGCGCAACUAAUGCCGCCCAAAUCUAAGUUGGACAAAUUCAACCCGAUGGAUCUGACGAGCAGUUCGCUGUCAAUAACGCCGGUAAACGACUAUCACAAGUCAGGAAAAACCAGCGAGACGAAGGAGUUAAAAAAGGAACGUCAACUCGACACCAUUUCUAUAACUCCCUGCCCUGAUAGCGCAACAGAUGAUGGAGCAGCCACGGUUCCUCUUUCCGUCUCUUACCACUCGAGUGCCUCGACUCAAGCAGCUCCUCAGUCAAAGUCGUUGCCGUUAAAGCAUCGGAUAUUGCAUGAGAGUUUGGACACAAAGGAAGAGAAGGCGAGCGGAGAUAAGGAAACAACAGAUACGCUCAAGACUGAGAGGAAGGAGAAAAGGGAGAAACGGGGCUCAGAGAACAGGCAUAGAUCCCAUGAGAGUAAAAAGGCCAAGAAGGAGCAGAAGGCGUACGAGGUGUCGGAAGCACUGAAGCUUGAUCCUGUGCCGCUGAUGUCGCUGCUGUCGAAAGAGGAGCAGGAGCAAAGGCAGAUCGAGGAAACUGUUGCAGCGACGAAUUUCUUGAGCCAAAUAUACAACAAUGACGAUGCUCCCAGGACUGUGACGGAAAAGCGAAAACAGGCAACGAACUUGUUGGACGAGGCAACCGGCAAUGUAAUCGUGCCGCCCAGUGAGCAGGAGAACGACGUUCAGAUGGUUAUGCAGUCCCUGAAAGAACUCGAAGAGCUACAACAAAUCCAUUCGCCAGUAAGCGUCAUUCAAAAGCCUACUAAAUCUUCAGCGAAUGUACAAUACGGUAACUACCCAGAUGACUAUCAAGAGGAUCAUCAGCAUCUUUUUAUCAAGAAGGAAGAAAAGGUGAGAACUCCAAAGAAAGAGGAUACUCACUGGUAGGAUAAAAGAAACUUAAAUUCUGAAUGUAUAUGUUUUAUAUGUAUAUAUUUAUAUAUAUACAUACAGACUUAUCAACGCUGUGCUUUGAUGCACCAGAUGAAUAUAAUGUAAACUGCAAUGCAACAAGUUUAAGACGUUAUUCAUCGCACCAAUCCCUUCGUUGUAACAAAAAAACAAAAAUAAAGAAAACACUUAACAUAAUACUAUUUGAAAUAAUACUGAACUUCCAAGGAAUUGAAAUACGUCCUGAUUUUCCGUUGUGAAAUUUUUUUUAAAAAUGGGGAAAAAAAAUAUAAAUAAACAAAGUGGAUAAAACACGAGUAAAUUCUAUCGUUAAACAAUUAUAAUAGGACACUGUUUUUAUCACCAUAUAAUAAUAAAUUGUAAUGUAUGGUAAAUUUUCGUAAUAUGACAAUUAUUGAAUGGUUUUGUGCGGUAAAGGAAAAUAUGUUUGUACGCUAAAGUGAUGACAAAACGCAGGAUUACAUUUUUCCACUUCUCUGCAGCAAACUUUUACCCUAUGAUAAUAAUAACAAUAGUUUCUCACAAUAGAAGCAGCGUUAUAAUAAUAGUACGUAGAAGUAAUUGUUGUUUCUACUGGAGAAUGGACAAAUCAGUUAUUGAAGUAAUAAUAGUAACAUUAAUAAUAAGAAUAUUAAUAACAAUAAUAAUAACAUUAAUUAAAACAACGUGAUGCCACAAUAUCAUUUCAGAAAAGGAAGAAAACAGUUGAAAUCAAACUCUACUGAGUAUUUGUUAUUCAAUAUCGAGUAUAAUAUUACUAUGCAUAUGAAAAUAUGAAAUACCAAAUAAAAUGGAGGACGUUGAUGUAUUAUAAAUAAUAAUAGAUGAAUGAGAUAAAGUGUAAAACCAAUGUGAUUCAAAAGCAUAUUUAUUGUGCUUACUUUCGUGAUUGAUCAAUGGAAUAUUUUGUUAUUACAUACAUGAUUUGCAAUAUAUAUUCCAGAUCUCAGGCUUCCCAUGAUCCACUGAGUUCUAUGACUUUUUUUUCGAUACGUGUGUAUAUCUAAUGAAUCAUCGUCUAUCGUUUAUUAUGUGUCGUUGGUCCUUCAAAUCUGAACAUAUUUCUCACAAUGUUCUGCGAUAUGUUAAUUCUGGUCAAAAUAUUCACCAAUUGAGUGAUACGUUGGUAAUUCUAGUUCACAUCGUAAAUUUUCUUUCUUUUUAUUUUAAACACAGAGGUUGCGAAACUCGCCUAUUCUAAGAUUUUUAGGAUUGAUUUAUUCCAUGCUCCCUGCCCUUAUUCUCUGCUGUAUUAUUAGCUUGUAAUAGACGCGUUCCAUGAUUAAAAAUUUAAUCAGAAAAAAAUUGUCAGUGUGGUUGCUGUUAUUCCAAGUGCUAGGAGUACAGCGAUAAAUUUUUGUGAUCUCGGCACUUGAAUGUGCGAAAAUGAGACUAUUAUUAUUCGUGUAUGACAGCGAGUCGUUGCGGUGUACAAGACAAAUGAAUAUCAUUCAUUGUAUCGUACAUACAGUAAUAUGUACAUGAUUGCAAACGCAUAAGCGUUGACUACAUAUGUGCAAGGAAAAAUGAUGAAUCCUUAUAGUUUACGAAAAUUGAAAGCUAAUCGCGAUUUAUCUACCAUCAGUAGGUAUUGAAAAGAAAUAAUCUUAAAUUAUAUUGGCAAAAGGGAGGAAAAGAGAACAGAAAGUUUUGUUUCAGUGGUCAAUAUAAGCCACUGGUGCCUGAUAAUAUUGUUGUUAUUAUUGUUAUUAUUAUUAUUAUUGUGUUGUUGUUGUUUUUGAAUUUUUAACGAGCCUCUGCUGUACUAAUAAUUUAUUAUUAUCGUUAUUAUUAUUACUAUUAUUGUCCUGCUGCUAAAUAUUAUAUUUUGUCUUGGGGAAUUCUUCGUAAUUUCUGAAGCAUUUUAAAAAUAACCAAAAUCUAUAAUUUACACAAUUUGAUUAUCAACCUGUAGAAGGCUGGCAUUCUUACCUUGAAAUUCGAUAUUUUUUAGAGGUACGAAUUAUGCAUAUAAAUAAUCUACACGUUUGAUGGAGCUUCCUAGUUAUCUACUGACUCCUAAAAGAGGCAGGCUGGUCUGCUAAAGGUUAAACCGUAAUGAUAGUAAUGAUGAUGAUGAUGAUGAUGAUGAUUGAUAAUGACAAUGAUAAUGAUAAUAAUAACAAUAGCAUUAGUAGUAAUAUUAGUAGUUUUAAUGAUCGAGUGUGUACAGUGAAACUAAAUUAUAAACGAUAACGAUGAUACAAUUACGAUAUCUGAAGUAAACAACAUGAAAGGUGAGAAUGAAACUAAUAGGCAAAAAACAUUUGUACAUAAAUUAUGGUGACGUAAUGUGCGAUGGGGUGGCUCGAGUCAUGAAAUGGUCAGUAUCUGAACUAUGAAAUUGUCUAUUUUUACUCUUAUAAAUAUCUACAACAGACAUUGCUAAACUGUCGAUUUUAUUUUUUUCAUUGUAAAGCGUAAACAUAUUUUAACUGUAAUGCUUCUUUUACUGUGCCCUAAUAUAUGUUGGAUGCAAACGGUUUCAUUUUUAGAUCGCAGGCACGCCGAAGUAUAUCUUGUUUAUUUAUUUAUUUUAUGUACGUUUCUGCUUUUAAAGUAUAGUAUCGAUAAAUCUUAUGAUUGACAGUUCUUUUUUGGGUCACCUCAACGCUGCGAUGGGUCUCCUCAACGACCCAGUUUAAUGAAAAUAUAUCGACGAUUGUUCCUAGCGAUGUGUAUAAGCCAAAUUCGUUUUUUUCUUCUUUUAAAUUAUGUUAUUAAACUAGAGAAAGAAAUUUCUGUCAUUAUCAAUUCUCUUUUUAAUCUCACCUGUUCGUCUUACCACUGAUUUGUUUUUCUACUAUGCUGUAUACUGUAAUUAGCUGAAAAAUAUUGAAGCAAAAAAGAAUAUAACAGAAGUACUACCUUGGUAAAAUAACUGAAGGUAAUUUAAGAGCAAAAUUAAGGAAAUAGAAUAAUAUUAGGUAAAACACUCAAACUGUGCGAUAAAAACAUUUUGAGUAUCUUGUAAUUAUGUACAAUAUGCUGAAAUUAUUUCAAUAGACAUACGUUGAACAAUGUUUCCAAACUUUGCGUCCUGUUCGAAUGGUUUGUAUGCGUCUAAAUAAUCGCGCACAUCUCGACUGUGAGGUAGAGAGAAAAAGAGAGAGAGAAAGAAAAGAAAGAAAAGAGAAACAAAUUUAGCAUAUUUUUGGAAUGCAUAAAGCUGAAUAAUAUUAGCAAUUAUUAUUGAUAUAAUGUAGAGUAAAUAUGUAUCAUAUAUAGAAGAACAAUCUCAACAAAUAACAUUAUAAAUAAUAGUAAUGAUAAAGACAUAUUGCGACGUUAUAAAAAUUGCCUAAAAGUAUGGAAAAUUUUAAAAGAAAAUAACAAAAAAAAAAAAAAACCAAACAACCGUGUACUGUAUCAAGAAUAUUUCGCUAAGAUGACUUUUAAAAUAUAAGUUUUGAAUAUUUUUUACAA